ACUUCCCUUGACUGCUUUUCAGAAAUCAUGGACAAACUCGUAAAAGAAGGUGUUCUAUCAAGGGCCGGAAGGGACAAUUUCACCAUUAAUAAGCUAAAGAAUCUCGACUCUGAGUUUGCUGCCGUUAAAGAAGAAAAGGAGGCUCAAGAAAUUCCACUUGGUGAUGAUGUUCCCAAGAGUAGCAAAGAUGACUACAUGUACAUGAAGGCUUUGUAUCAUGCUCUGCCGAUGGAAUAUAUUACAGUACCGAAGCUUCAGAGCAAGCUGGAAGGAGAAGCUAACCAAGCUACAGUGAAAAAGCUGAUCGAAAAAAUGGCGCAGGAGGGAUUUGUUGAAGGCACAGGCAACCGAAGACUAGGGAAGCGUGUCAUCCACUCGGAGACGACCAAUAGGAAGCUACAGGAGAUCAAAAAUGCGAUAACCUUGGUUUUGUUGUCCAAAGAUAAGGAGGGGUAUUUUUGGGAUAAUGAAAAAUGUCUAAUUUAUCAGUUUUUACUCAUGAGGGAAAAAACGUCAUUUCAAAGCAUCAUCAUAUUCAUUGGGAUUACAUCGAUCUAUGAAGCGAAAUUUGAAACUGUAGUUGAAGGGAUUAUAAAUGCCAAAGAGUUAAAAGCUAAAUGGGUUGCCGCGAAUAGGAAUUGCAAGAAUGGGAACCAAGUGGGACUGAAUGAGAAAAAGUAA